GCACAUCCAAUCCUCUUCCACUCCUGAGGUUUUACAAGCAGCUAUUUAAACGCGUUCCACAAUAUAGACCCAUCCAACAUUACUUUACAUUACCACACACGGAGGACUGCGUUACGUGCCGGGAACUUCCAUUUGCAGCUGCACUUUGAGACUUUGCAGAAGACUCAGUGCAUCGCAUCGUGUUUUCUCACGGCAACACCGAGAAGCAUCCAGAAGAAUGGCAAUGAUGAAUCAUUUUACGGCAGCAUGCAGGAAGAAUCUUCAGGGCGACGGGCUAAAUAAGCAGCUGUUCUUCAUUGUGCGCGCUUUGCACAAGUCAGCAGCAAGCGAGUCUUUUGGGAUCGCCGCGAAUGGAGAAGAAGCCAUGCCUAAAGGAUUUCCCACACCAGAGGAUGUCGGCGAGAAAACCGCAAUCAAGACCCUGAAGGAGAUGCCUGGACCCAGCACCCUAUCCAACCUGAUCGAGUUCUUCUGGAGAGAUGGGUUUAGCCGAAUUCACGAAAUUCAGUUGGAGCACAGGAAGAUGUAUGGCAAAAUUUUCAAAUCCCGUUUUGGGCCCCAGCUGGUGGUCUCGGUGGCAGACCGUGAUCUGGUGGCUGAGGUGCUGAGGGCCGAGGGUGUGGCCCCUCAGAGAGGUAACAUGGAGUCCUGGAAGGAGUACAGAGACCUGAGAGGCCGUUCCACUGGCCUCAUCUCAGCUGAGGGAGAAGACUGGCUGAAGAUGCGGAGCGUGCUCAGACAGCUCAUCAUGCGUCCUCGUGAUGUUGCAGUUUUCUCUGAUGACGUGAACAACGUGGUAGACGACCUGAUCAAGAGAGUUUGUAUUCUGCGUACCCAGCAGUCUGACGGAGCAACUGUCCACAAUGUGAAUGACCUCUUCUUCAAAUAUGCCAUGGAAGGUGUUUCAGCCAUUCUGUACGAGUGCCGAUUAGGCUGUUUGGAAAACAAGAUUCCCAAGGAAACCCAAGACUACAUCGAUGCACUGCACCUCAUGUUCAGCUCCUUCAAGACAACUAUGUAUGCCGGGGCGAUCCCCAAGUGGCUGCGGACUAUCAUCCCCAAACCAUGGGAGGAGUUCUGUCUCUCCUGGGAUGGCCUCUUCAGAUUCACGUCGAUAAUGAGGACUUUCAAAGAGAUGUUCAGCCAGCUGGAGCAGGGAAAGGAAAGUGAAGGGGCCGCUCACACACGCGUCGUUACCAAGGAGGAUGAACUCCUAGAGGAGAAGUUCUACGCCAACGUAACAAAGAUGCUACUGGCUGGGUGCGACACGCGGUGUACAUCCUUCACACUUUCAUGGGCCAGCUACCUGCUAGCACGGCACCCUGAUAUACAGCAGCAAAUCUUUACAGAAGUGACGACGACUCUGGGACCUGGAGCAAUCGCCACGGCUGACGAUGUCCCUCGUCUGCCUCUCAUCAGAGGGCUUGUCAAAGAGACUCUCAGGCUUUUUCCAGUUCUCCCAGGCAAUGGACGGGUUACCCAGGAUGACUUGGUGGUGGGUGGAUACUUCAUCCCCAAAGGGACUCAGUUGGCCCUCUGUCACUACGCCACAUCUUUGGAAGACGAGAACUUCUCUGAAUCUACAGACUUCCGACCGGAUCGCUGGAUACGCAAAGAUAACACAGAUCGUGUCGACAACUUUGGCUCGAUUCCCUUUGGCUACGGCAUCAGGAGCUGCAUUGGCAGGAGAAUAGCAGAGUUAGAGAUGCAUCUAGCUCUCAUACGGCUCAUUCAAAGGUUCCAAAUCGGUGUGUCUCCUCUCACAGCUGACAUCAAGGCCAAAACCCACGGCCUGCUCUGCCCUAGUGCCCCCAUCAACCUGCAGUUCAUUGACAGGAAAAACUAGAUGCAGUUUCCUCUCCAUUAGGUCUACUGUACUUUGUUUUUACAGCGCUAAUUCAUCAUUAGUUUUUUUGUAAAUACAAUGCAUUUAGUAGACCUUCCAAUGUUAUAUUGUAGACACUAACCUGCAACUGAGGUUUUACUCAGAAAUAUGUCUCACCUUCUGUUCAUUAGUGUGGCGAAAACUAAAGUAGUACUGGUAAUUUAAAGAUAAAAGCUGUUAUAUGCACACCGAUCAAGCAUAACAUUAUGACCACAGACGUGAAGUGAAUAACACUGAUUAUCUGGUUAUCAUGGCUUCUGUUGGUAACAUUUUGUCCUCAAAGUUGUGUUAGAAGCAGGAAAAAUGGGCAGUUUUUUAAGAUUGUGUCACAAACCACAAUUUUGUUGGUUAUUUUUUUUUUUUCUGUCACCAGAAUGUUUAAUCACUAAAGCAGCAUUACAUGCUUUUAAUCCAUGUACUGUAUAUCAAUGAAACAAGAAAUACACAGCUAGAAAA